AUGUCGGUUCCAAGGGUUUAUUCUCUAGGUAAUACACCCAUAUUAUCCUAUUUAACUUUAUGCUUGGCUAAUUAUUCUAAACAACAGAAAACUGUUCCCAACAUAAUUUUAUUGUUACAAGACAAAAAAAAAGUUCAACGUUUUUUACAAAACGAAUCACAUUUAGAAUUAGUAGAUGAUAUGGGGAAUACUGUUUUUAAAAAACAAUUUAUGGCAUCUUGCGAACCUCCUAAAUACGCUAAUGGAGAAUUUGCAGAAUUAAACAAUCUUUUAAUAUCGGAAAAUUCAUUUUUGGCAUAUAAACAUAAUUUACACAAAUACAAAUCAUCUUUGCUCAAAGCUAAUUGUGAUAAUAGUACCAACAACAUUUUGUUACUAAACCCCCCACUGAGUGUUGUUCAAGCAUAUAAAGAUUUUUUUGAAGAAAAUGCAUUGGUCGAUAAAGGGAGAACACCAAAUCUAUUGAUAGGAAGGGCUACGCCGCCGCAUGCUAUUUCUUCAAGAUCCGAAUUUGUUUCAUCCCAAAGCAUAACCGUUAAAUUAAUAAAUUUGGAAAUUAUCAAUGUUUUCCAUAAUGAAUUGGAUACUGCUCAAUGCGAACUAUUUAAAAUAAUAAAUGAAACUUCAAAGGAAAUUCCUGACAAACUUAUGACGUCAACAAAAUCUUAUAAUGAUUAUUUAAUAGACACAUUGGAGAAAAUAGUGGUCCAGUCGUGUUUUGGGCCCAUGUCUCUUUUAUUAGAUGCAAAUAAUAAACAGUUGAAGGCCACCAAAUAUUUAUAUGAACCAAUUUGGAGAAAAUUAUGUAGUGAAUCAUCACAAAUUUUAACGGCCGCUUAUCCACAAUUCACUUCAAGAUUUACCAGUGAAAGGCUUUUUGAUUUAUGCCUGUUUGAACUAGCCAAGUUGAGCUCAAACAAAAGAAACCCCAUGUUGAAAAGUUUGAAAACAAAUUCUGAAACCAAUAUAGAUCAUGUCAAUGGUCUCUUAGUACGCAUGGCUGAAAAUCUAAAAAUGCCGUGUACAAUGCAUAAGACAAUAUAUAGAUUGGCUAAAGCUAACAUUAAAGCUCAUAGGUUAGAAAAUCGCUUAAAGCACUGA